CGUCAGUGAAACUUGAUGCCAGCCAUCAGCCAAAAACAGUAUACAGAGAAAAGUUUUUCCAGGCCUCCAGAAUUUUCACACAAAACGAAACGUGCAACGGUACCGACACUCAAAAGAAACGCAUUUAAAACUUGAAAAAUUUCGAAAAAUUCGUAGAAAAUGUUCGGAGUCUAAGAAAACUGUAAAAAAUUGGUGUAAAAGUGCGAAAUGAUUGUGUGUUUGGCGUGAACGACAGGCAAAAGUCGUAGCCUAAUAAGGUAACGAUAUGUCCAAGUGUGUGAUUGUGCAGAAAAUUGGUCUACAAUUAAAUUAGGCCGGAUCAUAUUUAUGUCGUGGUCCAGAUCAACGCUGGCAGUACAGCAUUAUGGCCAGACCAGUUUGGGCCUGGAGGCGUCUCUGCCUGAGUCUUCUAUUUGUGUUCAUCUACUGUGCGCCUGGCGUCAAUCUACUGCCUGGCGGAUAUAUCAACUACAAUCUCGUGCACUCAUGGGCGGACAAGCUGGGCUUGGAGCUCUUUACACUGGGCGAUUUUAUCACCAGGCGCAAGGAGGUGCAAGAAAGCUUUAAAGAAGCCAAAGUGGUGACGCGACAAGGUGGGACACUUGUCGAAAUUAUGGCCAAGGAAGUAGAAAUGAUGAUGGACCUCAAAGUGAGCGCCGUGCGUCGAAUUAUGGAUACCGCCGAGAACACAGCUCUGACACAUCAAAAUGAUAUGGCUGAUAAGAUGUUUUCAUACUACAAUGCCAAAGAGAUGGCGGAACCGGGUGAACCGACACCACCACCUCCCACAACACCACCGGAUAUGGAUGAUCAGAUUGGCGAGCCCCUCAUUUAUGUUCCGCCCAAGGUGUUGGUUCUGGAACCUAGACCAGAAUUUCAUAAUGCGUCGGUCAACUUCAGCGUCAGUUCAGUUCACGUGCCAGUGAAUGUGUAUGAUCGAGCAUCGGAUGUUAUAAAGGCGAUUCAAUGGUCGGAGAAUUUGGAUCAAAUAUUUCGUGAUAAUUACAAAAACGAUCCAAGUUUAUCGUGGCAAUUUUUUGGCAGUUCGACAGGCUUUAUGCGUCAAUUCCCUGCAUCGAAAUGGAAGAAGGACGUGCCGGUUGAUCUAUAUGAUUGCCGUUUACGCUCUUGGUACAUGGAGGCAGCGACAAGCCCAAAGGAUAUUGUUAUCCUAAUGGAUACAUCUGGUUCUAUGUUGGGACAGAGGCUAGAUAUCGCAAAGCAUGUUGUCAAUACCAUACUCGAUACGUUAGGUACAAAUGACUUUGUGAACAUCUUAACCUUUGAUAAGGAAGUCAAGCCGAUUGUCGGAUGUUUCGAGGACACACUGAUUCAAGCAAAUCUGGGCAACAUACGUGAACUGAAAGAAGGGAUUGAAUCGAUUAAACCCACAUCGAUUGCCAAUUAUACCGCCGCACUCACAAGAGCUUUCGAAAUGCUGGAAGAGACGAAGAUUAGUUCGCGCGGAGCGCAAUGCAAUCAGGCUAUUAUGAUAAUCGGUGAUGGGGCACCUGAAACUAAUCAAGAGGUCUUCCAGUUAUACAAUUGGCGUGAUCCGCCCUAUAGGCCGGUGCGUGUGUUCACCUAUUUGAUUGGCAAAGAGGUGGCGAAUUGGGAUGAUAUACGGUGGAUGGCAUGCGAGAAUCAGGGCUAUUAUGUGCAUCUUAGUGAUACAGCUGAGGUACGCGAAAUGGUAUUAAAUUAUAUACCGGUAAUGGCUAGACCACUGGUAUUGGGUAGGCAUCAUCAUCCGGUCAUAUGGACACAGGUUUAUGCAGACCUUGAGGAAACAAAACUCUCCGAUCAUUUGUGGGACAUCAAACAAUGCGAGGAACAGAAGGCUGAUGUCCUUGAAUUCAGACGAGUUCAUUUCGACAUGUUGCAAGCUAGCGAAAUGCAUAAACGCGAAUAUCGACGUAUGAAGGAGACCUGGAAUCAACCAGUAGACUCGAAUGUCUAUCAAUUUAUGACUACAGUAUCUAUGCCAAUUUACGAUCGACGCGAAAAUGCGCUCAUUAAUCUAACGACCGAUAUAAAUCCGGCUGCGAAAAUAAACCUUCAAGUUACAAAAAUUGCCAAUAUACUGGGCGUGGCUGGCACCGAUGUACCCAUAAAUGAAAUUAAAAAAUUGCUAUCGCCGUUUAUGCUUGGCGUAAACGGCUAUGCGUUUAUAGUAACCAACAAUGGUUAUGUACUAUUCCAUCCAGAUUUUCGUCCAAUUUUCCAAGGAUAUAUAUUAAAACCAGCUUACAAUAGCGUUGACAUGGUUGAAGUGGAGCUACUAGAUGACGAUCGAAUCGCCAGAAGCUUUAAUCCAGUACUAUUGACGAUACGUGAUUCUAUAAUCAAUCAGUCGACUGGCAGCAAAUGGAUGCUGGUUAAAAAUCAUUUCGAUGAAAUGAAACGUGUGGCUCGCGUUAAGCGCCAGUACUUCUGGACUGCUAUUAAGAAUACCCCAUUCACACUAGUUAUUACAUACCCAGAGCGGUAUGGAGUUAGUCGAAUGGAACCACGCACCGAACAGGACAUACAUCGCACAUAUAUUACGGGCAAAAAUAUACGCAGCUUCUUUGAUGGCAAACGCUGGAAAAUCCAUCCAGAUUGGCUAUUUUGCAAGCAAACCAAUAAGACAUUCAGAACUCCAGAAACUGAACUUUUAUAUUUUGUAGACCGAAUGUCUGAGCCUGGUUGGCAUUGGCCAUCGAGUCGAAGCGCGAUGCCCCCGGAACAUGCGGCGGCCAUUUUUUCUAACAACGCAUCAACUGGCCGUCAUUCAUCAAUUAAUGAAAAAGAAAGAUAUCAUUCUAUCAACGCAUCAACUGGCCGUCAUUCAUCAAUCAAUGAAAAAGAAAGAUACUAUUGUGAUCGUCAGUUAAUGCAAUCACUUGUUUUUGAUGCCCGAGUCACCAAAUGGUUCUCGAAUAACAUCAGCUUCAAUGCCAGAGACAAAGAUGAUAACAGACAUGAAUUUAAACAGCGAUUUGGCAUCACUGUCGCCUUUCUGGCCACACACAGUGGUUUGACCCGCUGGCAUGAGUUCCACACGAAUAUGGCGGAACAACCGGGAGUGGGUGAGAGCUUCGGUCAGAAUAAUAAGCGUGCCAUUGACGAGAUUUGGUAUAAACGUGCCGUGGAUCAAUAUUUUGUUCAUAAGGAAAGCUUUGUCUACUCUGUGCCCUUCGAUGCCGGCGAGGGCGGCCAGGAGAUUAUUGUGACUGCCAGUAAUGCCAUAUUUCAUAACGAGAGCUCCAAAUCAGCACCAGCUGCCGUUGUUGGAUUCCAGUUUCAGCACUCGGCCCUCUACAAACUGUUUCACAAUAUUACGGGCAAUGCUUGUGCUGUGGAUGACAAGGACUGCUAUAUUUUGGAUAAUAAUGGAUUUGUGAUCAUAUCGACACGAGUACACGAAACCGGCCGAUUUUUUGGUGAAAUCAAUGGUGCGAUUAUGAUGCGCUUGGUGGAGGAGGAGGUGUACAAACGUGUCAUUGUUUAUGACUAUCAGGCGGUAUGCUUUGAACCGAAAACCGAUGUGAAUGCCUCCAAUAUAAGUACAGCUGGUUGUGAUCAUAUCGCACUCAAACACUCACUUGAAUACCAUCUGGCGGUCAAUGAGACUUUCUCCUGCUUUAAGCAUGCUCGGGAAUUUAAUCGAGUGCGCCCUCAGAGCUGUAUCAGUCGCCAUGCAAACGAGAGCCACAUCAAGUUGUGCGGAAAGGGUUGCACGAUCUAUGCGAAUCUCAUGCUCUUGCUGCUCAGCCAUGUGUUGAGUCGCUUGCUUUAACGGCGGUCCCAUUAUCUUUAGCUAAUUUUAGGCAAUAUAAAUAUAUAUUGAUACUGUUUUUGUAUUAUAUGGUAGUUGAAAAAGGAGAACGAUUUUUUACUAUACUCAUUAACGCUUAAGCGCUGUUCAUUUUUUUCCACAAUUUGUUCAAAAUUAGCGAUAAGAUGAAGCAUGUACUUAUGUAACUACCAAAUAAUUUGUUUCAAGGCGUGUGUUGUGUUUUAUGUUAACUAUAUAAUGUAACAGUGUGUGUGUUGCCUAUGAUGACCCAGGUAUUGCGCUUUAUACUUAGUAGAAAUUUAAAUACAUAAAGUUAAAUAUCUACAAGUAUAUAUGUAAAUUUAUUAUUAUGCUAAUAACCUACAAAUCCAACAACGGCCUUAAUCAACUCAUUAAAAAAAUUGUAAAUGCCGAACGCUGUUAAAUAGGCAAUAACUGCACACACUGUUCAUACCAACUACUGCCCAUGUUAAGUGUGUGUAUGAGUGUGAGAGUGUCUGUGUGCAUGAGUGUUGUUGUGUGUGUGUGUGUUGUAACCUAAUUUAAGAUUGCCACAUUUGUAUGUAACACUUAGCUAAUUAUUAUGUUAAAGAAACACCUAUCGGUAAAGCGAACCAUAAUGAACCAUUUAAUACACAUACAUUAAGUGUACUCAAACCAGGUAUAUUGAAUAUGUAUGUUUAAGUAGCUUUUGUAUAUUUGCUUAGCUUAGCCAACUAAAGAUACAACUAAUAUACAUAAUUUAAUAAAAAAAAAACUAAAAAAAUAAACUAAAAGGCGCUUCAAGAGUUCUGCUUGAAAAGGCAUCAAAAAAAAAAAUACUUUUAUAAACAUUCGUUAUAACUAGCGUUAAUGCCUAAAACCAUUUAUAUCAUGAGCAAAAUCCUAAAGAUACCAAAAUUUAUUGUUUAUAUAAGGCAUAUAUACAAAAAUAAUUAUAAUAAUAAUACUAAUUGAAAUCUAGCAUAACCCACAAGUACCUAUUAUAAAACUUUUUAUUAAAUACUUCUAACUAUCUUGAUACGAGCUACGAGCCAAAGAACUGAGCAGAAGCAGCAGCAUCUAGAAAAUUUAGAUUAUAUAUAAAAAAAAAAUUAAAUAAUUUAAUUAACUAGUUGAAAUUUACCGAAUAAUAAGCAAUAUUCAUAAAAAUCAAUUUUUAAAGCAUUAAGACAAACUCAAAUACCAGCUUUACACUUAUUAAUACACACCCAGAACGGUUUUGCUCCCGAUUUGAAUAUAAAGCUUUAGAUCGCAAAAUUAAAGUCUCUUAUUUUUUUAUAGGAUUGGAGUACCUACCUUACCUACAUUGUUCAAUGACUCAUCAAUUUGUUAUUUAAUAUUUACUCUAAGCAUAAUUUCUUUAUUAUUUGUCUGUAUACAAGAAACUCAAUAAAAUUGUCCCAUUUCGUAUUUUAA